AUGGCCCUUCCCAAGGGGGAGGCCAGUCACAGGGGCUCAGGUGUGCAGAUGCUGCUGCUGGCCUGCGAGCUGGGGACUGUGGGGAUCUGGUACCCCUGUUCUGAAAAGCCACCCUCAGAGAUAGCCCCAAGCAGGAAAAUGUUUUACUUUGUCUUCAUUUUGUUCUUCAUUGUGGCUCAGCUGCAGUCAGGGUGCCAGGCAGGACUUGAUUAUGCCCCGUCAUUUCCAGCAGGUGAGCAGGGUGCUUGUAAGACGUGCAGGCUCGGUCGGGGCAAAUGCAGAAGGAUGUGCCUGGAGAAUGAGAAGGUUGAAGGCAACUACGGGCUGAGCUUUUUCUGUUGCCGAGAGAGGAUCUGAGAUGCCAGGCCCAGGCUGUUCUGCUCCUUGGCCUUUGGAGCAGGCCUGAUGGAUAUUCAAGGAUGGUCAAGAGAAGCUAUGUGGCUGAACACGUCACACAGGAAGUGAGGUUCAUCUCAGCCCUUUCUCUCCCUUUGUAGGUUCCUGGAUUACUGUUAGUUUAUCUGGUCCUCGAAAAUCAUCAGCACGUGAGCAAAAGGAAAUGAGUACUGAAUCAGAAACUACUAAUCAUAGAGGACAUUAUAAUUUACGAGUUAUGUUUUCAUACUUUCUUAGAUGGCUCAAGGUACAUUUAUGAAUGCUCAUGAAAGGCAGCUUGUUACUCGUAUUUGAAAAAAUGAGGCUCAGCCAGGUUACUCUUCCCUCAGAGUUGUGGCUGUGAGCCAGCGGGCACCCACCUGUCAGGCACUGUGCAUUGGCCUGUACGCAGUACUGUGUGCAGAAUAACUGAUAAAUGGAAGUGGCAUA